UUAAUUUUGGGUUUUUGACUUCGUAAUAUUGUUGUCAGGUGCACUAUGGACUUAAUAUAUCCCAUAACUGUUACAAUAAAUAUAUAGAUAAGGUGUAUAAUGGUAAUGGCUGACAAGGCACGAGAGCCCAUGCAUGAAGACGACAUCACCUUGGUUGCUGAAGGGCAACAAUUUGUGUGUUGCAAGGCUAAGCUGAUAGCUUCCAGCGACUACUUCAGAGCCAUGUUCUCCAACAACUUUACUGAAAAUGGAAAGAACACCAUAGAACUUAAGGAUAUUGAUGCUGAGUGUCUGCUGAUGUUGAUUCAGCAUGUGAAGUGUGGAAAUUACACCAUCCCAUCUGACAGUGUUCUUGCUCUGCUGGAGACUGCAGCUAUGCUUCAAUUCAUUAGUGUGCAAAGUGCGUGUGAGCAGCAGCUGUUGGCAUCUCUCUCGUGUGACUCCUGCCUCGAAGUUUACUUUGUUACAUCGAGUCUGGGGCUCACACAGACAGCAAUGGCAGCUUUAACUGUUGCUCUCUGGAAUUUCUCAGAAAUCAGAAACAAACCUCAAUUUCUUCAGCUGUCAUUUAAUGAGUUGGUAGAAUACAUGAGUCACCCAUCCCUGUACUCAGGACCAGGUGGAGAAUGGGCUGUUUGGGAGGCACUUGUAAGCUGGAUUCAGGACUGGCUAGAGUGUGAUGAAGACGACCCUGGAGUGCAGUCUCAGAUGGAUGCAGAGAUUGCAGAAUCAAUGUUGCACCUGGAACAUUCCGAAAGUGAUGACGAUGACCCAAUGCCUCCAAGACCAACAACUUUAGCAGCAAGGCCAGGUGUCGAAACACUUUUGGAGUAUUUGGAGCAUCCAUUUGGAGCAUCAUUUGAAAAGUUAUGGUCCUGUGGUGACUGGCUACAUUGUCCGGACAUGCCGCAUUGUGUUGGUCACGGAGCUGCUUGUGCUUUUAAAGGAAGACUUAUGGUAUUUACACAAGAGAUGCAACUGCUGACCUAUUAUCCGUCCAUGAAGAAAUGGUCAGCCAUACCAGUAAUAUCUCCCAGCAAGCAAGGCUAUCGAGCAGCUUUAACAUGGAGUAACUCUGUUUAUUUGAUAGAUAACUGUUCCAAUCAGGUAUACAAGUUUUCACCGGAAGAAGGUAAAACUGUGACAAACUUUGGCCGCUUUAAAACACCGCCGGUAAACGUGUGUGUUGUGGAUGGAAAACUGUACAGUUUCAGCCAUGACGAUUUAGAUGACAGUCACGUUAUAGAAGUUCUAGAUGUUGCAGAGGAGAACCAUGUUAGUACUGCACAUGCAACAGUUCUGCAGACUAGAGAACAUUCCACUCAGUCGUGCAAGGAGAAACAGGCUUCACAAAUUGAGCAUAGUGUAGUGUUUUCAAAAGAGGUGUGGAGAGAGAAGGAGACCGACCCCCAUGUUUUCACGACUAAAUGCCCUGCUGAUGCUACAUUCUCUCUGGGUUGUUUUCCACUUCUAAAAAACAAUCCAUAACACGAAAAAAUUUUUGGGGAAAACAUAAAAUACAGUAGGAGCCACCGUAUCCGCAGGGGAUACAUUCCAAGAACCUGUCGUGGAUACUGAAACCAUGGCAAGUUCUUGGAACCUGCUAUACCUAUUAUAAAGUUUAAUUGAUAAAUUAUGCACAAUAAGUGCAGAAUUAUCACUUUUUCACUGAGGGGAAGGACUUCACAAGCUUAGGCUCUGAAGAACUGCCAGCUUCUCUACUUCUGUGCUUUGGGGGCCAUUGUUAUGUAAAAUAAGAGGUAUUUUUGGGCCACAGUAAACAGUGGAUAACUGAAACCGUGGAUACCGAAUCAGUGGAUACGGGGGUUCUACUGUAUAGAUUUAUGUAAAAUGCCAUGUCUUAGAGUUCAUUGUUGAAUGUUAGUAAGACAAAAUUCCUCUUAUGGCAUUUUAUUGGGAAAACAUCAUCCACAAGGGACGUUAUUAAUUUUUACUAAAAUGGGUAGAAAGAGAGCAUGAAGUCUCUGGUGGACAAAAUACCUUUCCAAAUGUAAUGCCAUAAAUGACAUGUCAUGUCUUAUUAAUAUACAUGUCAGUGAAUAACUGAAGUGUAAUGAACACUUGUCAGUGCUCAAUAAUAACCCACAUGAAGACAGAAACUCAGAAGAUCAAUUGAUCUGUAUAUAUUGACCCCUUUCUGGGAUCCUCUUCACAGAUGGGUCCCAGAAAGGGGGGUUGAAAUAUACAGAUCAAUUAAUCUCCUUUGUAUCUGUCUCCAUGUGGGUUAUUACUGAGCAUAAUGUCAGUUUAAUGCCAUUGAUUUACAGUUCCUUGGUGAUGUUACCUUCAGUAACGAGGGAAUUAAUUUAGAGGAGAAAUAUUGAUGCACCUCACAUUCCAUUUUUUUUUUUUAAUAAAAUAUUCAAAGAUAUAAAUAAUAUAACACAUGAUUACAUGCCAUAGUAUUUUAAUUUUUAUAUUUUUUUUAUAUAAAUUAUAUAAAUAACUUGGAAAAAAAGGAUAAAUACUAUUAUCCUAUUUUUUUUUUGGUUUUUGUCUAAAAAAGGAAUUUAUUAUAAUUAUUAUUUUUACAGUCACCUUAGGAACGCUAAACCCAUAAGGGUCGUAUAGUGCCUAGUGAAGGGAAGGUGAUUAGAUUCAAUCCUAGGGAGGAUAGCUCCAAAUCUUUGGAUCAAGAGCCUCUCACUGGCAUCAAGGUGCUGACUUCCCUAAAAGGAAAACUAAAAUUUGAGGUUUAAUUUACAGAAACAACUUGAUUUUCCUUUUCGACAAAGAUUCUGUUCUAUGGUUUCUAAUGUUCACUAACGGAAGUAUUACAAUUAUUAUAUUGUACAUAAACAUCAUAUAAAUAAAAGACUACUGUACAUAAAGUAUAUUAAAAUCAGUCGUACUAAAAUUUCCUCUGUAUUGUUUAUUGUAGAGGAUGAGAGAUCAUGGUUCAUACAGGUAAUGUAUGAUGCUGUCUAUAUAUUACA